AUGCCACUAGUCCGACCGCGAACGCUAAUUGGGCAGACCAUCACGCAACGUGCAGGAAUGGCCUCGUCGACUAAAUUCGCGAAAUAUAAUUGGGAGGACCCCCUAAACCUGGAUUUGCUGCUCACUGAAGAGGAACAGGCCAUUCGAGACACAGCGCGCGACUACUGCCAGGAGAAUCUGCAACCCCGGGUCCUGGAAGCUUAUCGUAAUGAAGAUUUUGACCCCAAGAUAUUGUCGGAGAUGGGAAAGCUUGGUUUACUUGGAGCAACAAUUAAGGGAUACGGAUGUGCUGGUGUAAGCAGCGUCGCGUAUGGACUAAUUGCGCGCGAAGUCGAGAGAGUCGAUUCAGGCUACCGAUCGGCCAUGUCUGUCCAAUCAUCACUCGUAAUGCAUCCUAUCAAUGCAUAUGGUAGCAAGGAACAGAAAGAAAAAUAUCUUCCGCAACUAGCUUCGGGUGAACUUGUUGGCUGUUUUGGGCUCACAGAGCCCAACCACGGAUCCGAUCCCUCCUCAAUGGAAACCACUGCCGAUCGGGAUGCCAGUACUGGCGGGUACCUCCUCAAUGGAAGCAAGACAUGGAUCUCGAAUGCUCCUGUAGCCGGACUUUUCGUUGUAUGGGCUCGUUGCCUCUGGGACAAGAAGAUUCGUGGGUUUCUAAUAGAAAAGGGUACUCCCGGGCUUAGUGCACCCCCCAUCAAGAACAAACUGGCUCUGCGAGCAUCGAUCACCGGUUCGAUAUUUAUGGAUAAUGUCAAGGUCUCUCAGGAUGGAAUUUUGCCGGGGGCUGAAGGGUUAGGUGGUCCCUUUGGAUGUUUGAACAAUGCUAGAUAUGGGAUUUCCUGGGGAGUUAUGGGCGCAUUAGAGGAUUGCAUUGAUCGAGCCCGAGCUUAUGCGCUUGAACGACAUCAGUUCAAACGCCCACUGGCGAGUUUCCAACUGGUGCAAAAGAAGCUUGUCGACGCUCAGACUGAAGUUACGUUAGGGCUCUUUGCUUCGUUACAGGUUGGGCGUUUGAAGGACGCUGGUACUUGGUCACCGGAAAUGGUCAGCAUGGUGAAACGGAACAACUGUGGAAAGGCACUACAACACUCACGGAUAGUGUUGGAUAUUUUGGGCGGCAACGCUUGUGCAGAUGAGUAUCAUAUCGCGCGUCAUGUGGCAAACCUGCAGGUCGCAAAUACGUACGAAGGCACACAUGAUAUUCAUGCCCUAAUUCUCGGGAAAGCUAUGACCGGUCACCAAGCUUUUGUCAAUUGA